GUGGACUUCAUUUUGCACGGACGGCAGUAAAGAUAUGGUUCCCGCAAAAUUUCUUGUGAUUUUUGUUCUGUGUCUUGGAAUUUCUGAUGCAAAUUUUUUGAGGAAACUAUUAAAAGAGUUGUCAGAUGGAGACGCAGAAGAUUUUCAAGAUGAAAUUGGGACCAACACAGACUCCCUUGGUAGAGAACUACUUAGACGCCGAGAUCAGAACGGCUACUAUGAUGAUACUGUUACAGACAGUCCAACACAAUAUGUGGAGGAUACCACGCUGAGUGGAUCAGCUGAGGGUGUGGAUGAUCCUGCAAAGGAAGAGGAAAAGUUGGAAGAAGAUACCAGUAAUGGUGGUGAACUUCUGGACCAUAAGAAUGUUGACAAAGAUUCAACAUUAGCCAAGUUGAUAUCAUCAAUGGACGUUAUAGUUCACGGACAAGACCAGAAGCCAAUGGGAUUGCAUCCAGAAUCAGACCGGAAACAAAAAGAAGAUUCGUUAGAUCAACACAAAUAUACACCUGAACAGUUGAAGGUGAAAGCUGUGGGACUAGAAAAUGACAAUAACUUCAAGAGAAAUUUUGAGACUGGUAGUAGUAGACUAUGGGAGAACGGCAUUGUACCAUAUACACUGGUUGGUAAUUUGUCAAAUUCUGAAGAGAAGGCGAUAAUUGAGAAGGCUAUAGAAGAAUUGGCAAAGAAGACAUGUAUACAGCUAGUUCCUAAAGGCAGCGUUAAAACACAGGAUAUCGGUCACAAAUCUUUCUUAGAAUUUGUUCCUAAAACCUCAUGUUCAUCCUGGGUCGGAAGACAUAAAUCUGGUAAACAAGAGCUGACCUUACAAAAUCCAGGCUGUCUGCAUCAUUCCAUAGUUCUACAUGAAAUCUUGCAUGCUAUAGGGAUGGAACAUGAACAGAGCCGGUCAGAUAGAGAUAAACACAUCAAAAUUUUUAAGAAAAAUAUUGAAUCCGAUGGGCAUGACCAAUUUGUUAAAGAACAUACCUCAGAUACUCGGCCUUACGAUGCUGAAUCAAUUAUGCAAUAUAACCUGUAUUCAUUUGGGAAAAAAACUGGAGGUACAGUAUCCAAAACUAUGGAGCUUGUUGAGAAAAAACUUGAAUUUCUAGCUGACCUAGAGGCUGGACUGGAUUUCUAUGAUGUGGCUGAUAUCACUGAUGCAUAUCAAUGUGCAGCUCAUUGUAAAGGAUUGUCCAGACCAAAAUGUGAAAACGGUGGAUUUGUUGACCACAACUGUAAAUGUUUCUGUCCACCUGGUCUAAAGGGAGACAACUGCCAAAAAGUAGAAACAUCAUCAGCGUGUGGAGGCAUUGUUGAUGUAUCAGAGUCAAAGGUCACAGAGAUAAGAACACCUAACUGGCCUUCACCCUAUCCUGCCGGAACAAUGUGUACCUGGUUGAUAAAGGCUCCAGCUAAUAUGUUAGUAAAGUUGACAGUAGAUAAUCUUAAUCUGCCAUACAACAGUCUUAAAAGAUGCUACCAUUGGAUGGAGAUUCGUUACAAUCUGAUUGGUCAACUUGGAGUGAAGAUUUGUGGUAAGAUUAAAGGAAAGACCUGGACUACAACACCAUAUGGGGAAUCUAACUUGAUGAUGCUGAGGUUGGAUGCUAAAUUUGCAGAGGAUAAAGAUCCAGGGAAAGGGUUCAGUAUCAGCACCACAGCUAUUAGCAAAGGUAUUGCCACAGCUGAUAGAAAAGAGAAAAAACUGAUCUGUACAUUUGAGAAUGAGGAUGAGGAUUGUUUCUUUGAAGAUGAUGGCAAUUGGUUUCUCGGAGAGGGUAGAUCACCAUCAGACUAUGGUCCAUCAAAAGCAUAUCGUGGACAGUUUUAUGCCUAUGUGGAUGGAAGUAAUGGAAAGGACCAUCAGCCUGCUAAAAUGACAUAUAAAUUUCCAUCAACCAUGGAUUAUUGCCUAAGCUUUGCCUAUUACUUGUCUGGAAGUGAUAUGGGCAACUUGAGAAUACAAAGGGAGGAUGCAGACUAUAUAUAUAAACUUUGGACGGCACAAGGAAAUCAGGGAGAUAGUUGGAAAAAAGCCAAAGUUGACAUCAAAGCUGAGACAGGCGAUCUUAUUCUAAUUGUUGCCAAAACAGGAUCAGAUUAUACUAGUGAUAUAGCAGUAGAUGACAUAAUUUUGAAGGAUGGUGGCUGUUAA